AUGGAUAUAGUGGAUUCCGGAUUUACCGACGAGGUGGAAGACCAAUCUAAGACUUGGGGAUCCGAUGCUCGGUCUUUAGCGCAAGCUAAAGAUGAUGCCACCAGCGCGCCGCUAAGUGAUUGCGGGAUCGGUCAUCGCGUGCUUGCUAGCCGUUCCGUCCUCGCAUUGGUCGUUGACGAAGAGUGUGUAUUUGCCGGCUUACAAGGAGGAGAUAUCGUGGCUUGGUCUCUGGAAACAUACGACCUUGUUCUGUCAGUCCACGCCCACAAAGAGAGCGUUUUGGGUCUGUAUUUAUCAGAGGAUGGGAACCUUCUCUUCUCUAGUGGCGGAGAUUCUGUAAUUAAUGUUUGGUCAACAAGGACCUUUGAGCGACUGUAUUCUAUCUACCCGCAUCAUGAUGUGGGUGAUAUCUUUACUGUGGUGUAUUCCGCGAGUAAUCAAACCAUCUACUGUGGUGCGCAGAACACCAGCAUCCAAUGGUGUGACCUGUCUGAGGAAAGCGCCCUGAGCCAAACAUCUGUGGCGCACCCAGGAAAGCGGACGCAUCGCUUUUUUGACUCCCGCGGCCCGGACGGGACACCUGCUCCACGGCCAUCCGACGGUGCCCACUCAGUCUCAGGAGGAGGUCGAGUCUUAUCCUUUAAGCGGGAUCACCACAAAUUGUUUGCUCACCAUGGUUAUGUUUACUCGAUGCUUUUGGUCAAGGGCCUUAUUGAGUCUGCCCCCUCUGAAGAGGUCUUGUUGACAGGUUCCGGAGAUGGUGCUGUCAAGUUAUGGAGAAUCGGCUCGCAGCCAGGAGCCGCACCGGUUCAAAUUGCCAAGUUGCAAAAUGAUGACCCUGUCCUCUCCAUCGCUGUUGAAGGCUCGUUACUCUACUGUGGUUUGGCAGGCGGUGCUUUGAACAUUUGGAAUUUGGAUUCCCAGCAGCUGGUCAAGCGUAUUGUUCGCCACACUGGAGAUUUAUGGGCAGUUCACGUGAUCCAUGGCGUUGCUAUCUGUGGUGACUCAACAGGAACAGUCAAGAAAUUUAACUCCCGAUUUGAGGAAGUCGGUGGGUGGGUCGCUCAUGAGGGCACCAUGCUUGCAUCUGCUACCGGACGAGUCAAAGAUCGACACAUCUAUGCUACUGGAGGCAAUGAUAACUCUGUUGGCAUUUGGGACCUGACAGAGUUUUUCCUCACACAGGAGGAGCUGCCACCCAUCAGCAACGAUGAAAUGGUAAACAGUCUGGCCAAAUUUGUCUCAUUCAAGACUAUUUCCUCAAGUCCUAAAUUCAAGGGCGAGUGCAACCAGGGAGCAGCCUUCCUGCGUCGACACUGCAACUAUCUUGGUGCAAAGACAAAACUUUUGACUACGGGCGCAGACACAAAUCCUGUUGUGUAUGCCCGAUUCAAUGCAACUUCCCCCGAGAAAGUUGACAAGACCAUUCUUUUCUACGGCCACUACGACGUUGUUGGUGCUGAUACCAAUCGCCCUAAGUGGAGAUCCGAUCCUUAUCAAUUGACUUCGAUCAAUGGAUUCCUCUAUGGUCGUGGUGUUUCUGAUAAUAAAGGUCCGAUUUUGGCAUCUCUGUAUGCUGCGGCCGAUCUUGCUCGCACAAAGUCACUCCGUUGCAAUGUGGUAUUCCUCAUCGAAGGAGAGGAAGAAUCUGGAUCCCAAGGAUUUCACCAAACGGUCCACGAGCACCAGGCUGAAAUCGGUCCUGUCGAUUGGAUUUUGCUAGCCAACAGUUAUUGGCUGGAUGACUAUAAUCCUUGUCUGACCUACGGCCUUCGAGGUGUGGUCCAUGCCAACUUGGUCGUAACUAGCGAUCACCCUGACUUGCAUAGUGGUAUUGAUGGUAGUGCUCUACUAGACGAACCAGUCAAAGAUGUUUCAAUUUUGGUUUCCACUCUAGUUGGACGCAAGGGUCGAAUCAACCUGCCUGGGUUCCACGACUCCGUCCGGCCUAUCACAGAAGCCGAGCAGAAGCGAUUUGAGGCCAUCGCAGACAUAUUGCUACCCCAACACCCCGAGAUUCAAGACCGCCAAGCAUUAGUCAAAUCACUGAUGUAUCGCUGGCGCGAACCAUCGCUCACAAUCCACUCCCUGGAAGUCCCAGGAAGCAAAAACGCAACCACAACCAUCGCACGACUUGCGAAGGCCAGCCUCUCGAUCCGUAUCGUUCCCGACCAACAAGCUGACGAUGUCGCCGCAACUCUCACAGCAUUCGCUCAGGAGCAAUUCGCCUUACUCGAAUCUCAAAACGACCUCACCGUCGAGAUCACCGGAAAGUCAGAUGCCUGGCUAGGAGACCCAGACAACGAAAUCUUCGCCACUCUCUCUGAAGCAAUCACCGCAGCAUGGACUCCAGACCAACAAGGUUCGAAACAUCAGUACCCACCCAUGCCUCCUCCCACAAACGGGCGGAAGCAAGUCACUCCCAAGCCACCCAUUCCUUCCGGCCCGAGCCUUCUCCGCAAGGAUUCCUCAGACAGCCUAGCAUCACGCGUUGACCGCGUGAUCACGUCCACCACCACGUCGUCAGCUGAAAAGGCAGCUGCCCGCAAACGGUCCUUGCAAUCCGCUACUGUCCCGACAUCUUCCACUCUCACUCAAACUGCCGCAAGCUCCGAUGACUCUUCCUCGCUGCCUAUUCGCACGAAGCCCAAGUCCGACGCACAGUCCGAGACCCCGGAUGCCACAACCGGAUCUUCUACCCCGGCCACCUCUCCUGCAGCGGUCAAGCCCAUCUUCAUCCGCGAGGGUGGAUCGAUCCCCACCAUUCGCUUCCUGGAAAAGGUAUUUUCUGCCCCGGCAGCUAAUUUGCCUUGUGGACAGGCGAGUGAUAACGCGCAUUUGGAUAACGAGCGCAUGCGCGUGGAAAACCUGUACAAGAGUCGCGAGAUUUUCCGAUAUGUGUUUGCUCAUUUGGUUGACAAGACAUAA